AUGGAUGACGAAGACUACAGUAACAUCUACGACACAGUCCAAAAACAGAGGCCCCAUGAGGUUCCUGACCAGCCAGAAGAAAAGGAAGUUCCCCAUUGCCAUGAUGUCCACGAAGACCCAAGGCCGGAAAACAACUUACGUGCCACCCAUGUGUAUGAUUCUGUGUCAGUCUAUGCCAGGGGGGUUGAAGAGAGCAGCCUGGCCUCUUCCCAACCAGAAAGAGGCUACCUCUCACCUGAUGAGGUCUGCUGUCAGGCCCAUGAUUCUCAGCCAGGUGAGCCCCAGGAGGACAGGGGCAUCCCAAUGGCAGAGUUGCAUUCACCAUCUCAGGACCAGGAGCCCUACCCAGAAGAGCCUCAGGAGAACAGAAGCCUGAUGGGGAAAGACUUACCUUCUCCUUCAAGAUUUACCAUCCAGCACAGCAAGGCCCUCUCUGCCAGCCAAGACUCCUUCCCUUCCUAUUCUGAUGCUGAUGGUUGGGAAGAGAAGGACGCAGCUCCCAUGGACCCUGAGAUUAGCCUCUUUGUGAAGGCUGGAACCGAUGGGGAAAGCAUUGGCAACUGUCCUUUCUCUCAGCGUCUCUUCAUGAUUCUUUGGCUGAAAGGAGUUGUGUUCAAUGUCACCACUGUGGAUCUGAAAAGAAAGCCAGCCGACCUGCACAACCUAGCCCCCGGCACGCAUCCGCCCUUCCUGACCUUCAAUGGGGACGUGAAGACAGAUGUCAAUAAGAUCGAGGAGUUUCUGGAGGAGACCUUGACCCCGGAAAAGUACCCCAAGCUGUCCGUGAAACACCGGGAGUCCAACACAGCAGGCAUCGACAUCUUCUCCAAGUUCUCUGCCUACAUCAAAAACACCAAGCAGCAAAAUAAUGCUGCCCUGGAGAGAGGCCUGACCAAGGCUCUGAAGAAGCUGGAUGACUACCUGAACACCCCUCUCCCCGAGGAGAUCGAUGCCAACACUCGUGGGGAUGACGACAAGGGGUCCCGGCGCAAGUUCCUGGAUGGGGAUGAGCUGACCCUGGCCGACUGCAAUCUGUUGCCCAAGCUCCAUGUGGUCAAGAUUGUGGCCAAGAGAUACCGCAACUAUGAUUUCCCGGCUGAGAUGACAGGCCUGUGGCGGUACCUCAAGAAUGCCUACGCCCGGGAUGAGUUUACCAACACCUGUGCAGCUGACCAAGAGAUCGAGCUGGCCUACGCCGAUGUCGCCAAGCGUCUCAGCCGAUCCUGAACACAGCCAUCGUGCCCCAUCCCUGCUGCAGAAGAAGGACUUGAUUACUCUCACAGGACUCCGGCUUCACAGACUCCUCUUCCUCAUUGCCUUGGAAAACACUUUUUAAACCUGGCCUCAUGGCACUGGCAUCACUGGAAGGCCAGCCUGCUGUCUUUCAUGAAGGUCAGCACCACUCCCGGCCCCCUCUCACAGGAAGCUGACAAGUGACAGGAAGUGACAGGAACAGUCAACCUCUCAGCCUGCUGGCCUGAUCUGGGUUCAGCGUAUCAGGGGUCAGUCAGUGUCACAGAGCACAUGUGGGAUUGCCACUGGCCCCUUCUGCCAACAUCAAAAUACCUUCUCAGAUGCUUUAGAAACAUGGAAUGCCAGCUCCUUCUCCAACCUCCUCUUUAUCAGUAACUGCAAGGUCAAGGAGAAAGCCAUGUUCCUUCUUAUUGAAAGAGACCCACUUGCCUUAUUGGAGAGACAAAGAGAGAGACUGCAGGCUGAGCAAGCUGGCUGUGGGCUUGUUGGAUGUCUGGCAAACAUACCUUCAGUCACUUGCUACUUCCAGCCUCUGUCAUUGGGCACUGACGGCCAGGUUGGAAGGUCACUUCAGAUGCAUUGUCCAUUUGCUGCAGUGCCGGGAAUGUUGCAAUGCUGUUGUGCACCCGGCCAAUGCUGCCCCUAGUUUUCAAGCUGUCCAGACCUUGCCAGAAAAGGAAAUUGGCAUGCAAUUCCAAAUGGAGUGACUGGGAAUGGGAAGGGAGGGAGCAGUGUUGAUGCCAAAAGGCCCCCAGGGGUCUACCUGCCAAGGGGUUUGCUUGCUUAGGAGUAGUUGUUUCAGGGGAGAUUACAAGCCUGGAUUAGACUGUGCUUAUGGGUGAGUGGCUUUGGUCUAUGAGAAAGGGAGUAAGAGGAGGGAUGGGUGUAAAGGAGUUCUUUGUGAAGUCCGAUGUUCCCUGGUCCACAGUCUUCUAUCAUGAUCUAAGGAAGUCUUGGGCCAGUGAUGUCAUGUAACUACUAACCUUACAGUCAGAACCCAAGAAUUGCCCCAAAUGUCUUCCACUCUCUCUAAGCUGCUCCUGAACAUGGGUGAAUAGGUUGGAUGCUCUCAGGCAGCCACGACUAGCUGAGUCAGCUGCAGCCUCGAAUGAGCAAGAGAUACUUUCAGGAGGUGGCACCAUCAUGGAAUACCAUAGGAAGAAAAUCCAUGGGCUUUUCUGACCUGAAAACCAUGUGGUAUGAAAGCAAAGAAAAAU